UCUAUAUUUCAAAUAAUGAUGAUGAUGAUGAUUUUAUUGAAAUUUUUCAUUCUACCAAUCAUUUUUCUUAGCAACAAUAAUUGUUUCAUUGAAACGAAAACUAAAGAAUUAAUAACAUGGAAAGAAUUUAAAGAUUCAUUAAUAUUAAAUCAAUAUCCAGAACCAAGUAUGGAAAAAUAUGAAACCGUUAUACGUUUGGCUAAAGAUUUUAAUAUCGAUGAUAAAAAUGAAUUGGCAAUGUUUUUAGCACAAGUUUAUUGGGAAUCUGUUGGUCUUCAACAUACAAAAGAAAUUGCCUGUGUUAAAACAAAAUGUACAAAUAAUUAUCGUACUGGUCGUGAACAACAAGAUAAAUAUUAUUAUGGUCGUGGUUAUAUACAAUUAACAUGGCUAGAUAAUUAUGCAAAUUGUUCAUUGGAUUUAUAUGGUGAUAUGCGUUUGGUUGAUAAUCCGGAUUUGGUUUCCGAUACUGAAGAAGGUGCAUGGGGUUCUGCUUUCUGGUAUUGGGAUAAAUAUUGUCAUAAUAUUCCUGAAAUUAAACAAGGAUAUUUCGGUUAUACAACAAUGGCUAUUAAUGGCCCACUGGAAUGUAAUGGACCAUAUAAAGUAAAAGCAUUUAAACGUUUUGUUAUUUAUUCAAAAAUUUUUGAAAUAUUUAAACUAUCGGAACCAUUACCAAAACAAAAUGGUUGUUAUCCAAUUAUAAAUCCAAAUGAAUUGGAUAUGAAUAAUUUAGAACGAAUGGAUAAUGAAAAUGAACCAUAUUUUUCUGUUUGUAAACCAUCCGGUUUAUAUCGAAAACAAUCCGGUAUGUAUCAUUGGUGUAAUGAUAAUUGUAAUGCAUUGGAUCCAAAUUGUCCACAAGAUAUGUGUAAAUGUCCAGAUGAUCUUUAUCAUUAUCAUCAAAUGUUGUUAAUGAAAAAAGAAAAUAAAAAACAAAAGGAAAAGGAAAAAAUUUUAAAAAAAUGAAAUCAAACUCAAAAAAAAAUCAAACU